ACCAUCUUUUUUCGAGCUUCCAAGUGACGUGGCUUCAAUGACGGCACAAGUCGUGCUCGUACGGUGAAAUUUAAUCGGUUUAGUUGAAUUAUAAAACAAUGAUAUGAUUAUGAGAACUUGAUAACAAACUUCGCUUGAAAACAUCUUCAACUCGUAAUCGAGAAUUUACAGCGAUCAUACGUUAAUUCGUCAUCAUGACUACUUAUGAGGAGUUCAUUCAGCAAAAUGAAGACCGUGAUGGAGUACGUUUCACAUGGAAUGUUUGGCCCUCAUCUCGCAUUGAUGCUACAAGACUAGUAGUACCAUUAGGAACUCUUUAUCAACCGAUCAAGGAAAGACCAGACCUUCCUCCAAUACAAUAUGAUCCAGUUCUUUGUAAUAGAUCUACUUGCAGAGCAAUUUUGAACCCAUUAUGUCAAGUAGAUUACCGGGCUAAACUAUGGGUCUGCAAUCUGUGCUUUCAAAGGAAUCCUUUUCCUCCACAAUAUGCUGCCAUUUCAGAACAACAUCAACCAGCUGAACUAAUUCCAAUGUUUUCAACAAUUGAAUACACUAUAAUGAGAGCACAAUGUUUGCCACCCAUCUUUUUAUUGGUUGUGGAUACAUGUAUGGAUGAAGAGGAAUUAGGUUCUCUUAAGGAUUCAUUACAAAUGUCUCUUUCUUUACUUCCACCUAAUGCACUCAUUGGCCUUAUUACAUUUGGAAGAAUGGUACAUGUUCAUGAAUUGGGUUGUGAGGGAUGUAGUACAAGCUAUGUUUUCCGUGGCACUAAAGACUUACAGCCAAAACAAGUCCAAGAUAUGCUAGGUAUAGGUCGUCCAAUGCCAGGACAAAAUCCAAAUCAGCAAAGAGGACCUACUGGGCAGCCAUUGCCACCUGCUAACCGCUUCUUACAGCCGGUACAUAAGUGUGACAUGAGUCUAACAGAUCUACUAGGUGAACUGCAAUGUGAUCCUUGGCCUGUAGGUCCAGGAAAACGUCCAUUACGAUCUACCGGUGUUGCAUUGGCUGUUGCUACUGGUCUUUUGGAAGCCAGUUAUGCUAACACAGGAGCUAGGAUAAUGCUGUUUGUUGGUGGACCUUGUUCCCAAGGCCCUGGUCAAGUAGUAACAGAUGAUUUGAGGCAACCCAUCAGAUCACAUCACGAUAUUCAAAAAGAUAACGCUAAACAUAUGAAGAAGGCAACUAAACAUUACGAUUCUCUUGCAUCUCGAGCCGCAACAAAUGGUCACAUAAUAGAUAUCUAUUCAUGUGCUCUUGAUCAAACUGGUUUAUUAGAAAUGAGACAAUGUUGUAAUUCAACUGGUGGUCAUAUGGUUAUGGGAGAUUCCUUUAAUUCUUCUUUAUUUAAACAAACGUUUCAACGAGUAUUUGCUAAGGACAAUAAAGGUGAUUUGAAAAUGGCAUUUAACGCAACGUUAGAAGUUAAGACGUCUCGGGAAAUUAAAGUUUCUGGAGCGAUCGGCCCUUGCGUUUCCUUGGGAGUAAAGGGAGCAAGUGUCGGUGAACAAGAAGUAGGAUUAGGUGGCACUUGCCAAUGGAAAUUUUGUUCUCUCACACCUUCCACAACUACAGCGUUGUUCUUCGAAGUUGUGAAUCAACACACCGCACCGAUUCCACAAGGUGGAAGAGGCUGUAUUCAAUUUAUCACACAGUACCAACAUAGUAGUGGUCAGCGGAGAAUCCGAGUUACUACAAUUGCAAGAAAUUGGGCAGAUGCAUCAACAUCCUUACAUCAUAUAAGUGCUGGAUUUGACCAAGAAGCAGCUGCUGUUCUUAUGUCACGUUUGGCAGUUUUCAGAGCGGAGAGUGACGAUGGUCCAGAUGUUUUAAGAUGGGUGGAUCGUAUGCUUAUCAGAUUAUGUCAGAAGUUUGGAGAAUAUGCAAAAGAUGAUCCAAACAGUUUUAGACUUGCAGAGAAUUUUUCAUUGUAUCCACAGUUUAUGUAUCAUUUGCGUAGAUCACAAUUCCUUCAAGUAUUCAAUAAUUCUCCAGAUGAAACUAGCUUUUAUAGACACAUGCUUAUGCGUGAAGAUUUAACAAAUUCCUUGAUAAUGGUGCAACCAAUCUUGUAUAGUUAUGGAUUUAGUGGUCCUCCAGAACCAGUUUUAUUAGAUACUUCAUCUAUUCAACCUGACAGAAUUUUAUUGAUGGAUACUUUCUUCCAAAUACUUAUAUUCCACGGAGAAACGAUUGCACAGUGGCGUCAGUUGAAAUAUCAGGAUUUGCCAGAGUAUGAAAACUUCCGACAGCUUUUGGCAGCACCUGUUGACGAUGCUGCCGAAAUAUUGGCUGGAAGAUUUCCUGCACCCCGGUACAUUGAUACCGAACAAGGUGGUUCACAAGCGAGGUUCUUGCUAAGUAAAGUGAAUCCAAGUCAAACUCAUAAUAAUAUGUAUGCCUACGGAGCGGGGAUGCCGAUACCCAGUGGGGAGAGCGGAGCGCCUGUCUUAACUGACGAUGUCAGUCUACAAGUAUUCAUGGAGCAUUUGAAGAAAUUGGCUGUAUCUUCUACAGCUUAAAUUGCAACAGUACAAAAAGAUUUAAGUAUUGUUAGUUGCAAUUUGUUCACAAAGAUAAAAUAGAUACAGCCCGAAUUUAUAUAAAUAUAUAUAUAUAUAUAUUUCCGUA